AUGGGCACAGAGGGACUUGUGUCCCCUCAGACGCUGUGGCUGCUCCUCUGGGUACAGCUGUGCAGGGGUGCUGCGGAGGUGAGGCUGGCGGAUGGCGGCAGGCGCUGUGCCGGAAGAGUGGAGGUGAAACACCAGGGACAGUGGGGGACCGUGUGUGGUGACUACUGGAGCAUGAACGAUGCAGCAGUGGUUUGUAAGCAGCUGGGCUGUGGGUCUGCUGUUGGAGCUUCUCAGUACGGACACUUUGGGGCAGGAUCUGGCCCCAUUUGGAUGGAUGAUGUUGGCUGUGAUGGCACCGAAUCCGCCCUGUCCGACUGCAAACAUGAAGGAUGGGGUGAACAUAACUGUGAUCAUGAUGAGGAUGCUGGAGUGACGUGUUCAGGAUUUGUCCGUCUGGUGGACGGGAAGAGCCGCUGUUCAGGACGUGUGGAGAUCCGUGAUGGGGACCAGUGGAAAACUGUUUGUAGUUCCCACUUUGGCCCCAAGGCUGCUGAGGUGGUCUGCAGGGAGCUGCAGUGCGGCGUGGCCCUGCCUGUGUCUGGAGGAGGUCACUUUGGAGAAGGGGCUGGUCCCAUGUGGGAUGGAGAGCUGCAGUGUGUGGGGAAUGAGUCCCUCCUGUCCUCCUGCCCCACGGGGUCCUCCAGGGACCAGGCCUGCCCCCAGAUGAACAGCGCUGCUGUCAGCUGCACACGGUUCAGGCUGGUGAACGGCAGCACAGCGUGUGCGGGGAGGGUGGAGGUCCAGGUGCUGGGGACCUGGGGGACCCUCUGUGCCUCCCGCUGGGAUCUCUCGGAUGCCCACGUUCUGUGUCGUCAACUCAACUGUGGGUUUGCUGAGUCCGUUCCUGGAGGACAGCAUUUUGGGAGAGAGACUGGCCCUGUCUGGAGAGACUCAUUCCACUGUGACGGGACUGAAUCUGACCUGGGACAGUGCCCAGUGGUCACCCUGGGGGCCUCCCCAUGCUCCCCGGGGAACAACGCUGCUGUCAUUUGCUCAGGCCCAGCUGACUCUGAGUCCCUGCGGCUGGUGGGCGGCGGGAGCCGGUGCGACGGGCGAGUGGAGAUCUUCCAGCGCGGGACGUGGGGCAGAGUGCUGGACGACCAGUGGGACGUGCGGGAGGCCAGCGUGGUGUGCCGGCAGCUGCGGUGUGGAGAGGCAGAAAAAGCCUACAGCCCCCCAAAGCCUGAGCGAGGGACGGGCCCCGUGGGGCUGCGAGGGGUCCGGUGCGCAGGGCACGAGGCCAGCCUGACCCUCUGCAACACCUCCCUGCCCGGGAGUGCCCUGUUGGGAGGGGUUGUGGAGGACGUGGGAGUCAUUUGCUGGGGAAGCCGGCGGGUCCGGCUGGUGAACGGGCCCGGACGCUGCGCAGGGAGAGUGGAGAUCUACUACCAGGGCAGCUGGGGGACCGUCUGUGACGAUGGCUGGGACCUGUCUGAUGCCGCCGUCGUUUGCCACCAGCUGGGCUGCGGAGGGGCGGUGGAGGUGGCCGGCUCCGCUCGGUUUGGGGAAGGCUCCGGGCAGAUCUGGCUGGACGGUGUGAACUGCUCCGGGGCCGAAGCUGCUCUCUGGGACUGCGCUGCCGGGCCCUGGGGGCAGCACGACUGCGGGCACAAAGAGGACGCGGGUGUCAUGUGCUCAGAGUUCGUGGCCCUGAGGCUGGAGAACAGUGACGGCUGCUCCGGGCGCCUCCAGGUUUUCUACAACGGGACGUGGGGGAGCGUUUGCUCCAACUCGAUGACUCCUGACACGGUGUCAUUGGUGUGCAAGGAGCUGGGCUGUGGGGACGGAGGAUCCCUGGAAGCAGGCCUGCCCUAUGGCAGGGUGUCUGGCACUGCCUGGCUGGAUUACGUGCAGUGUGAGAAGGGAACCAGCUCCUUCUGGCAGUGUCCAUCCACCCCCUGGGACCCACAGUCGUGCGAUUACCUGCAAGAAGAGACCCACAUCACCUGCAAUGAAAUGCCCCCAGAGCCUUUGGCCCCGUGCCCCAACUCCAGCAGCUGCACAGACAGGGAGAAGAUCCGUGCCGUGGGAGGCGAGGACGGGUGCUCGGGCAGAGUGGAGCUCUGGCAUCGCGGCUCCUGGGGGACAGUGUGCGAUGACUCCUGGGACAUGCGGGAUGCCCAGGUGGUGUGCAGGCAGCUGGGCUGUGGCCCCGCGGUGUCUGCCCUGCAUGAGGCUGCUUUUGGGGUGGGCCAGGGCCCCAUCUGGCUGGAGCGGGUGGAGUGCCGGGGGACGGAGUCGUCUCUGCAGGACUGCUGGGCCCGGCCUGGGGAUGGACGUGCUUGCCGGCAUAAGGAAGACGCUGCCGUGCGCUGCUCGGCUGCACCCAGGACAGCAGCAUCUCCACCCCGAGCAGAUGUUCCUGUUCUGCCUGGGGGUGACCCAGUGGAUGGCUAUGAUGAUGCCAGGGAGGUUUCUCUCCCUGGGGAGGACGAUGCCCCUGGACAGCGAGCUCGGGAAAUGCCCAGGAUGCCAGAGGAGGGAACAGGACCCAGCGAUGCACCCAGAGGGGGCAGCCUGUGCUCCCAGAGAAGUGCUGGGGUCCCUGGAGCUGAAGGAGACACCGCGUCCCUGUCCCCGGGGAGCAUGGGCUAUGAUGACGCUGAAGAGAUCUCUCUGGCACAUCUGUGACACACAAAGGCUGUGACAGAGCUGGGUGCACAGCAGCCCCUGAGCCCCCGGCCAGGAGAGCCCGUCCCUGCUGUGCAGGUGGGUGCAGCCGGGAGGGAGGAGAGGUCCGUGCAGCUGGGAGAGCCGCGAGCACCGGGAACCGCCUCCCUUUGCCCAUGA